AUGAUUAAGUAUCAGCAAAGUGAACUCUAUCCGUAUUACCGCAUCUGCCGAUAUCUAGGCAUCUUCUGCAUACACUUCAACUCGAGAAAGGAGCGUUUUCAAUUGCGUCGCAGCCUCAUUUGCUAUGUGGUGCACGCUCUCAUGCAAUUAUAUUUGCUCAUCUGUAUGGUAUUACUGGUGUAUUUUUGGACGCUGUGCUUCAAACGCGAGAUGACUGCAACUGGGAAUCAUUAUGAGCGUUUUGUGCUAUUCGCUGCUCUGGUCACGCAAUUCAUACAGAAUGCCUGGCUCAUCUGGCUGCAGUAUUUACAAAUGCACAUCGUGCGCCAACUGGAGUUCUAUCGCAAAAAAUAUUUAAUGGACAUUCGUAUGGUGCUACCCAAGCGGUUGCUCUGUUUCAUUGUGAUUGUAAAUGUGCUCUACUUUUGCAACUAUUUGAAGACCUGUCUGAUGGACUGGUUGGUCAAUGCCUCGACCUGGUUUACAUUCAGCACUCUGGGCUUCCCCUUGCGUGCCGUGAUCAGUAGCUUUAUACAGGGCUACUAUGUCUGUCUCAUACAUGUGGUGCGACAUCUGCUGCGCCACAAUCAAGAGCAACUCAACAUCCUUGUCGAUCAGUUGCAGCAACCCAAGCGCAGCUGCGGUGAUAUUCUGCGCCUGCGCAGCUGCCUCGAUCUGCACGAUCGUCUGCUCGUCAUGUGCACCGAUGAGAUGAGCUUGGUCUAUGGCUUUAGUAUCUGGCUGUGUCUGCUCUUCUCCUCGCUUGAUGCAAGUAGCAUAUUAUAUAUACGCAUGGUUACUUUUACGCAAAAACCGUCGUGGGAUCAUUGCAUUAUUAGCCUCCUAUGGCUCUCACCAACACUAAUGACAGCGGCCACAGCCCUGAUGAGCGACACUGUUCAUGUGCAGGCAAACAAAACAGCCAAAAUACUUGCUAAAAUACCAAGAACUGGAUCGGGCUUAGACAGGAUGGUCGAAAAGUUUCUGUUAAAGAACCUGCGUCAACAGCCCAUUCUGACAGCCUAUGGAUUUUUUGCACUAGAUAAAAGCACGCUAUUUAAGCUCUUUACAGCCAUAUUUACGUAUAUGGUGAUAUUGGUGCAGUUCAAGGAAAUGGAAAACUCUACAAAAUCACUGCAGAAGGCAUAGUGAACAACAGUUUAAAUAAUUUAUUGUUGUAAAUGUUGAAUGUGAAGAAGUUUUGACUUACCGAAUCAUAAGUCAAGCAUCCAAUUGCUUUU